CGGAGUCCAGUAGCGCCCCGAGCCGAGCUAGCGCUAGCGGCCGAACCCAGACAGCCCAGCCCAGCCAGCAGGCAGCUCAGCCCGCGCUGGCAGUCAGGUCUGAGCACUGGGGCCGCGUUGUGCUGUGAGGAUAUUGCUGUGCUCCUUGCUCCUGCUCCUGCUGCUGCAACGCAUAGCCUGGCGUGGCGAAGCCUGCUGGCCCUGGCUCAGCUGUGCAAGCCCAGCUAGCUGCUUUGACCACCACUUCCACCGCUUCGUCACCACCCUGCUGCUUCCUCCACCGCGGCUGCUACGUCGACGAGGAUAACCGCGUCGCCGCGUUGAGAAAUAGACUUCUCUAGUGCUAACGAAGUGAGUGAAGGGAGCGACGCGAGGGCGACGAACCCCCAUAGAAUCGUAACAUAGGACUCCCACCCCGUCCCAACCCAUCGAGAGCAAGCCAAGCAAGCCAAGCCAAGCAAGCAAGUUCGGUGGAAAUCAAGCUGUGAUUUAUUUUGUGGAUCAUCAAGGAUUACCAGUGUGAUACGAAUUGUGCAGUGUGUUGCUGGAGACAUCCGCUUCAGUCUAAACUUUCUUAAGAAAGAAAAUAAUAGUGCCUCAAGCUUUGAAAGUGAAUACGUCAGAGUUUUAGAUAAAUAACUGAUCCAAAGUGUGUGCAGCGUUGUUAAAUUGAGGCCAUGUUGCGGGUCUCCAGGACUUCUACUACAUCAGAGGUCUCGCUCGGUGAGCACACACGCGACGGGGGUGUGGCAUUCCACCAUCGCUUCCCAGCCAAACUGAAAAGCUGGCGAGCAGCGGCGCGCUGAGCGAGUUUGCGGAGCCCCCGCUGCCCCCGCCCCCGCAGCCCGCCGCGCCCUCUCCAGGACCUCCAGGACCUCCAGGAGGGCCGUCUGCAAUCUCGGCGCCGCCCGCGAUGGCCAUGGUCAACAUGAACAGCCUCCUGAACGGCAAGGACUCGCGCUGGCUGCAGCUGGAGGUGUGCCGAGAGUUCCAGCGCAACAAGUGCUCGCGCCCGGACACCGAGUGCAAGUUCGCGCACCCGCCCGCCAACGUGGAGGUGCAGAACGGCCGAGUCACCGCCUGCUACGACAGCAUCAAGGGCCGGUGUAACCGCGAGAAGCCGCCGUGCAAGUACUUCCACCCUCCCCAGCACCUCAAGGACCAGCUCCUCAUAAACGGCCGCAACCACCUCGCCCUCAAGAACGCCUUAAUGCAGCAGAUGGGCCUCUCGCCUGGGCAGCCCAUGGUUGCCGGUCAAGUGCCAACAGUCGCAACGAAUCCUUAUUUGACGAGCAUGCCCCAGGUUGGCGGCACAUUCAGUCCAUACUUCACACACGCAGGACCUAUCAUGCCAACGGCCAUCAUGGGUCCAGACCCUGCUGGAGUAACGUCACCUCUUGGCAUGGUGCAACAGACUGUUGUGACACAACAGAAAAUGCCACGGUCAGACCGCCUUGAGGUCUGUCGAGAAUUCCAGCGCGGCGCGUGCAAGCGUGCUGAGUGCGAGUGCCGUUUCGCGCACCCGCCAGAAGCCGUGACGGCCUCCGAGGACGGAACAGUCACGGUCUGCAUGGAUGCCGUGAAGGGGCGCUGCAGCCGCGACCCUUGCCGCUAUUUCCACCCCCCUCUGCACCUCCAAGCCUAUAUCAAGGCUGCACAAGCGCGCCCCACCGCGCCUGGAGUCGCCAUGUCAAAUGUAGGCGCUCCACAGGAUGUGGGCAAGAAGCGCUCUCGUGACCCAAGCGAUGACAUGAUAAUGAUGGAUAUGAAGUCAGUGGGAUCAUUCUACUAUGAAAACUUUGCCUUCCCCGGAAUGGUGCCUUACAAGCGGCCGGCGGCGGACAAGUCUGGCCUCCCCAUGUACCAGCCCAACACGACGUAUCAGCAGCUGAUGCAGCUGCAGCAGCCGUUCGUGCCCGUAUCAUGUGAGUACUCGGCCGGUCUGGCUCCACUGCCUGCGCUGCCUUCGCUCCCCCAGCUGCCUCCCCUGCCCCCCUCCGGCCCCCCAAGCUCCUCCAGCACCUCCUCGACGGCCAGCAACGAGGCUGGGAGCAAAGACGACUACCAGGAGAGUAGUGGAGGCGGAGGCGGGGGCACCUCCUCUCAGCCGUCCACCAACACGGCCACCACCACGACCUCCACCGCCCAAAGCUCUACUGCAAAGCCCUCACCUACCUCCUCCAUGCCUGUAUCCGCCGCCACGACGGGCCCAGUGCCGAGCAGUGCAAGCACUAGUGCAAGCAGUGUGAGUGCUUGCAGUGUGAGCGUAGCUAAUCCGCUGACCGCCCUCUCCUACACAGGUGUGGCGCUUAACAAGCAAGCCGCACACCAGUCCAACCACAACCCCUCCCAGACCCCCGGGGCAUCGCAAGCCGUGGUGGCAGCUGUACCCCGCUACCCCGCCAACCUCACCCAAAUGUCCACCCUCUCCCAGCUGCCUCAGAUGUCGACCAUGAGCCAGCUCGGCCAGAUGUCACCCAUGUCUCAGAUGAGCCAAAUGUCUCAGAUGUCUCAACUAUCUCAGAUGAGCCAAAUGUCGCAACAGAUGUCUCAGAUGUCUCAGAUGUCCCAACAAAUGUCUCAGAUGUCUCAGAUGUCGCAAAUGGGUCAGCUGGGAGCGGCGGCAUCAAAUCCCUUCCUGACCUUCAGGCCGCAACAUCCCCAAUUUUUCUCCCCCUUCGGAAUGCUGCGCCCACAAAUGUUCCCGUCUGCGGCGGCAGGCCAAGCCCAAGUUUCCCCUGUCUCCUUUCCCUUCCCCUCAGCCACUGGUGCAGCUCAGAACGCAGCGUCUACGCAGGGGCUUUUAGCCGCCAGUGCAGCUGCUCAGUACAACAGUAAUAGUGUGGUGGUCCAACCUUACAAAAAGAUGAAAACAAUUUAAUGUGCCUGACCAGCAUGCCCACUUACAAACUAGCCUUAAUUAAUUAAUGAGUUUGGAUUCAUUUCUAGUCAAAAUUCCCCAACUUUUAAAUAUGAGAAAGCAAAAAAAUUUUAAGAAAAAUGGAAUCAGUAUUUUUUUUUUUUUUUGGCAAAGGGCUAAACAAACUGAAAAUUUGACAAACUUUAUGAUAUGUAAGAAGGGCUUGAUAUUGUGCGUUCUUGAUGAACCGCGUGUCAGGCAUGUGCCUCUGUGUGGUGACACACACAAGGUUGUACAAACAGACUGUCGCUGACUUUACUGUAAAUAUUUCAAAGAGAAAUGAUGUGUACCAAUUUUACCACUUUACAAGAUUUUUCAACUAUAAAUAUAUACAAAUAUAUAUAUUAUAUAUAUAUGCAAAGUAAUAUAUAAAUUCUUAUUAAUUAACAUAGUGUAAUGCUGAUUGUGGUAAAAUCAAAGCAAGUGGGAAAUUCUUUUGAUGUUAGUAAUUGUACAUGUGAGGGACAUAAGAUAAAUUUUCUCCGUUGAGAAUUUCUUUUCCGACACUAUUAGUGUUCUCAUUACCAAAUAUGUAGGCAUUCUAAAGAAAUAAUGUGUGAAUGAGUGAACACCAGUGACAGACAGCUGGUAGAUGUUAGUGCUAGUUUGAUAGGUGACUGGACUGUGAUAGUGUGAUAGCUCAAGAGCGUGCAGUGUGGACAAGUGUGGUGUACCAUACUUUUUAAGUACCUGUUCUGCUCCCACUGUAUGAUCUAGGUGUUUUAUAAUGCUGCUUGAUCAUCCAUAAGUCAAUUAAUUUGACUUGAAUUCUGCGCAUGCCAGGAAAUGGGGGAUCACUGAUAUGCAUUAAGUAGAAGCAUGGUACAACAUUAUACUAUCAAACUUGUAGAUUGUAUUAGUUUAUAUUUCUGUGUUGUUGAUUUUUCUCCUCUAUCUUUCUCCCUGCUAUUUGUCUCCUUUUCUGUGAAUCUGUCUCCAUCUGUCUGUCUUUCAAUCUGUCUCUCUGUCCAUCUUUCUUUUUCUUUAUUUUUACCCAUGAGCACACAACAUUUCCAGUCUUAAAAUCUCUAAGUUACCGCAGUGUUUGUUUGAUAGGAAAGGAAUUAGAUUUGCAGUGAGCUUUAUCCUUUUUGUUCUUGUUUCUAUCUUUUAAUGGCCACCUUACAUUAUUGUUUUAUGCUGAUUUUUAUUUGCUAUGACUAGAGGUGUGCCCUGUUGCCAUACUGUUCAGAGUGUCUUUGUUGAUUUUGCGCUCCUGGGUUAAGCAGCAUUGGCCUCUAUCUAAAGUGUGUAUUUGUUAAAACAAUCAUUGUAUGCUGUACGCCCUGACCAUCAGUAGACUUGGUUCCUCCUGCAAUGUUGUGGCUUCCUUCCCUGGUCCUUUUCCCCCCUGGCUCUCCUCUGCAUCUUAUCACCUUUGCUGGAAUGUCCCGGGUGCAGGGACUAAAACCAUUGUUACGCUCAGACAAUAUCCACCAUCCAGUUGACUUGAUAAAUGAUUUUUAGCUUUUAAUUUUUAACGAUUCUUGAAAACCAGUGCAUGUAUGUGAUAUUUAAGGCCUAUAUCUGUGUUAGAUUCAGCUUAUAUCCUUGAAUUACAGUUAGUUUAAUGGGCGAUGGGAGUAAUAGGCUAGGUUUACGGUAUUUCAACAAGGGAUAUUGGCUGUUGUCUGGGCUUCUCCAUUGAGUCUAGUACUUUGUUCGUGUAGCUGCUUUUUUCCACUCUGUAGUGACGAACUGUAUGUGUGUGCCUGGAGCCCAGACCUGACUCACUCCAACAGACCAGUCUUACUGAUAGUGUGCAGUUCAUUUGAUUAGUGUUCCUAUUAUAGUAAACAUAUUUAACCCCUGAAUAAUGUUUAAUUGGGAAAAAAGAAUACUUUUAAAAUUAACUGUUCUUGGUUCUUAAGAUCCCAGAUCUUAAUGAGAGGUACCAUUGAAUAUUAUGAUUCACACAUUAAAUGUUGUUUGAAAUAUUAUAUAUAAAAUUUAGUUUUAAAAGAUAAUGCCAUGUUUCAUUUUAAAUUUGUUGAAAGUAAAUGAAUUUUUAAGUAGUGUGUAGGCACAUUAUUUUUGUUUAUUGAUGUUAAUUUAAUUUUCCAACCUUCUUGUUUUAUUUGUUCAAUGAAUGGAUAUUUGCGUUUUUCAAAGUAUGUUGUUGUGACUAAGGAGUACAGAGUAGGAGGAGUAGGAACGUUGUACUGUCAGGAGGUAGCAAAACUGCUUUGGACUUGAAUUUGUUCGGUUGGAGCACUCUGACUAAUCACACUCUGUCCGUUGCUAUAUCUUCUUUGUUUCCUGAAUGUUCCCACCGCAGCACUUAGGCAGCAAUCGCAAAACAGAUCAUUUAGUUUCAAAUACUUGAUGUUUUCUAUUCUCGCAUUUUUAGCAGUGCUUGUCAUGUGCUUUUAACAUUUUCGACAAGAUGAAGGUUUGAUUGAUUCAAACUCCUUCGUAUAUUUAUCGAACAACGCUUUAUGAAACUGUUGCAUGGCUUUUGUACUGAAAACAAAGCGGAAUGCGGGUGUUGUGCUGUGUUGUACAUUGUGUGAUGUCAGAAUGUUCCAGCAAGGGAUAGUUCACAUUAGGGGAGGAUUUCAAUUGAAUGCAACAAAGAAUAUCAACUUUUUUUUUUGUCUAGCUUCAUUCUCUGAGUAUCAAUAACAGCAUCCCUCACCGUAUUCUUUUACUACAUAAACAAUGUUGGAAAUUUUGAACCAAGACGCACUUAAACCAAUCAUAUUUAACAUUUAGUGGCCCUUUCAGUGAUCAUUAAACUGGCACACCUCAAGCUGCUCUAUUCUGAUUUUGUUGAAAAUUUUUUUUUACAUUAUAUGUUUGUGAAUAUUUUUACUUUGGGCUGCUUCUGUCAUAUGCCGUAAUACACUUCAUUGAUUGACAAUGGUUGUCACUCUUACAUUCCCUCGAUGCAAUAUGAAAAUGUCUUUCCUUCAAGUUGUGGUGGUUGCUCUUCCUUUCUCUGCUGUUACAGUUCUUCACGAACGAGUGCUUUUUCUAUACAGCUGGCAUUUUACAUUUGCUCGUAGUCAAUUAUUAUUGUCCGCUACAAAGACACCAAUGCUGCCUUCUUUUUUUUAACUUCUACAUAUUUUCCCUAAUUAGAUAAAUAGUCUGGUUUAUUUCACAUUCAACUAGGUGGCUUUUCUAUGUGUCAAAGUGUGAUGUAGUAUGACACAAAAAAUGAAUCUUUAGCAUCGCAUGGUGAAAUGUUGAGUGUGGCAUAUGCAGCAAUAGAAUUGUGGUAUGACAUGUGAUUGAAGUUUCCAAACAUGAGACUCUGUGCUUGGCAUUUCUUGGACAGAGAGAGCUAAGUUCUGUCUCAGACCAUUAAAUUUUAUAGAGCACAGCUUCACCUACUCCUCUCUCUCCCCCUUCUGUUCCAGCUCUUAAUUUUUGUUGUCAUUACCGGGUCCCUUUGUCAAUGCUUUUCUGCCCACACUCCCAAUAGUUCCUUUCCGUGCAGCACCUCCUUUACUUUCAGGCAGUUAGGAUGACUGGCUUUAGUCCCUUUUAAUUGUUUGGUAUAUCCAUCAUCAUAUGCAAUGAUGUUGCACUAAGUGCGUGCUGACUUAGCUAGUUCUCAGGUUCCGUAGUACACUGGAGGGAAUGACGGCUUUUGCCAUGCCAGGCAUUUGUGAGAAUGUGUGCCGCAAAAAAAGAAAUUUUAGGAAAGUAAAUGUUUACUUUUUAUUUCAAGUAUAAAUAUUCUUUUGAUUUUUGCUUCAUCUGGAGUGGCCUGAAAUUUUUAGUGAGGAGUGUUUGGGAGCGUAGACGCCCUUGCCUGCAAUGAGUGCAUUGACACUCCCACUGCGAGUCCUGUUGACCCUGCAAGCCCACAAACACUCGACUGCUUUUAAGUUUGCAUUCAAUGAAAAAUAUCCCUGUGUGAACACUGCUUCAUGCCCUGAGUGCGCUCAAUGAGUAGUUGGUUUGGCAUUGGGUAGCAUUCACAACCAAAGUGCCUUCUGCAUUGCGCUGUCCUGGUCUUAAUGUUUUGUUCUACUUUUUUUAAUGACUUUUUUUAUUGAGACAUUACAUUAUUAUCAUUACUUAAAGGGCAAAAAGAAUGUACAUCUUGGUUUUGGGUUGUUUUUAAUUUCUCGACGAUAAAAUUAUGGUCUGAUGAUGUGGCUGCCUGAUGUGUCACGCUUAUUUGCCAUUCACAUGUAUACUCCUCUGUAUGUACUUGCAUACUGGAUCUGUACUCCCACAUUGAUUGUGUUCUAUGCUGUACUGUACUCUCCUUACAUACUGCUCAUUCUGAUGUCUUGUAAAAAAUGAAGAUCAUAUAUGAGGAGCAAGUUACUUAUAAACACCAAACAGUAUUUGUAAUAAUAAUGCUUGAAAAAUGCAUGUUUAUUUGUUUUA